GCCGCAGGGCAGCGGGAACCCCUGAGUGUUGAGCCCUGGUCUCCAACCAUGGCUUCUUUGCAAGCCAAAGAUGCCUAUCUGCAGGGCUUGGCCAAGAAGAUCUGCGCACAGCCAGGACCCGAGCGGCAGAGGAGCAAGUGGGCUGUCAAAACAAAACACUUGGAAGCUGCUGGGCCCCCAAAAAAGAAGAGGAAGAAAACACAAAAGAAAUCUCAGGAGCAGGAACAGAAAGCUACAGAGCACAAGACUAAGCCCCCAGGGAAGAUGGCUCCCGCCUCUUCUAGGGCUAAGAAACCAAUGGAAUCUAAACAAGAGAAGAAUUCCAGCUCCCUGGAGUCUCCUGAAGAUAGCCAAGUCACAGCACCUGAUUCUGUCUUUGCACUGGAUUUCCUGCGACAGCGGCUGCAUGAGAAGAUCCAGUUGGCCCGGGGCCAGGGCAGCACCAAGGAACUGUCUGCUGCCACACUAGAGAAAAGACAGCGGAGGAAGCAGGAGAGGGAGCGCAAGAAGAGGAAGCGGAAGGAGCUUCGAGCAAAGGAGAAGGCUGCAAAAGCAGAGAAGAAAGAGGAGCCAGCCGAGGCGCCUCCAGAAGUGGCCUGCAAGGAGCCGCAGGAGUCAGGGCUGAUCUUUAAUAAGGUGGAAGUGACUGAAGAGGAACCAGCCAGCAAGGCCCAGCGGAAGAAGGAGAAGAGGCAGAAGGUGAAAGGGAACCUGACACCACUGACAGGCAGGAACUACAGGCAGCUGCUGGAGCGGCUGCAGGCGCGGCAGGGGCAGCUGGAGGAGCUUCGAGAUCAGGACGCAGGCAAGGCCCAGGAGCUGGAGGCCAAGAUGAAGUGGACCAACUUGCUGUACAAGGCAGAGGGUGUGAAGAUCCGUGACAAUGAGCACCAGCUGCAGGAAGCCCUGAAGCGAAAGGAGAAGCGAAAGGCUCAGCGGCGGCGCCGGUGGGAGAAGCGCUCGGAGCAUGUGAUAGACAAGAUGCAGCAGCGUCAGGACAAGCGGCGCCAGAACCUGCGCAAGAAGAAGGCAGCGCGCGCCGAGAGGCGGUUGCAGAAGGCCCGCAAGAAGGGCCGGGUGCUGCCACAGGACCUGGAGCGUGCCGGCCUCUCCUGAGCAGCUUGUACCUGUCAGGUUCCUGGCCUAGCACCUCGGUGAUGGACUGUGGGUCUCCUAUGUGAGAUCAACAUGUUCUUGCACCACAGAGCCAUAGUGAGGGCUCUGAUCGUGUGCCAAGAGGAUGUUCUGGCAUCAUCCUUAAAUUGGACAGUGUCCUCCAGUCCCUGGGAGGGAGGAAGGGGAUCUGUGCCCAAGUCUUGUGUGUGUGUGUGUGUGUGUGUAUUUCAUGUUUCUGAAGUCUGUGUGUGUGUGUGUGUGUGUGUGUGUGUGUGUGUGUGUGUGUGUGUGUGUGUAUGUGUGUGUUUUUCAUGUUUCUGAAGUCUCCAGAGUAAGGGGAAUAGAGGUUGGGGUGAGGCAUCCCUCUGACCUCUUUCUGCCCACUUGUAUGUCCAGUGGCCAUGAGAACAAAAGGCUUUGACUACUGCUUCUGUGUUCACAAGUCCCUGGCAAUGGAACAGAGCCCAAAGGAGUUCUUGGGAGAAUCUGAUCAGUCAGACAUGCCUCCAGGGCUACAAAACCCAGAGUCCUUCCAGGGUCCACAGGAUGUGCCUUGGGUCACAUGGCCAUCUGUGAGCCAGUUAGUGACUGAGGCUUGGGAUAAUAUAAAAUAAACCUCCCCCAAGUUGUUUUCGGUCA